UUUUUUAAAUACAUUAAUUAUUUCCCCCAUCAAAUUUUACAUUCAGCCUCAAGUUUUGCCAUUUUUAUUUCUGGAACUGAAAUGAGGAUUUCAUUUUGCACCAUUUUUCAUUGAAUGAGAAGAGAAGGUUAUUUUUGGGAGCCAUUGCAAUGGAGAAGUUGGAAGCCGAGUCAGAUGUUGAGCCACAGGGUCGCCCUCGCUCCUGCACCUGGCCUCCUUUGCCGGACCCUUCCUCUGAUAUUCCUUUGCCCCCUCCUGGUCUUGAUCCAGGGCAGAUGCGUAAAGCGAAAAGUUCACGCAGGAAUGCUUGGGGCAAUUUGUCCUAUGCAGAUCUCAUCACCAAGGCCAUAGAGAGUUCCCCGGAGAGGCGCUUGACCCUAUCUCAAAUUUAUGACUGGAUGGUUCGUUUUGUCCCUUACUUCAAAGAUAAGGGUGACAGCAACAGCUCUGCUGGGUGGAAGAACUCCAUCAGACACAACCUCUCCUUACAUACCCGUUUUAUUCGGGUCCAAAAUGAAGGAACAGGAAAGAGUUCCUGGUGGAUGCUCAAUCCUGAAGGUGGAAAGACAGGAAAGACCCCAAGGAGGAGAGCAGCAUCCAUGGACAGUGCCAGUGGAAAGUUUCUUCGGAUUAAGGGAAAAGCUGGUAAAAAGAAGCAGCAGCAGGUGCAGUCUGCUCCUGAACAUACGAGUGAGGGCAGCCCCUCAUCCCAGCAUGCUAAGUGGUCUGAAAGCCCAUCUUCUCACACCAGUGACGAUUUUGAAGUGUGGGCAGAAUUCCACACCAGAGCAAACCCCGCCACGGGUGCCAUGAGUGGGAGGCUCUCACCCAUUAUGGCCAGUGAUGAGCCAGAUGAUUUGGAGGAUGAUGAAGUUGCACCAUCUUCCCCACUUAUGUACCCAAGCCCAUCUAGCGCCUUGUCACCUAGUGCCCGCUGCUCAGUAGAAAUGCCACGUCUUGCAGAGCUCACUGGAACCAUGGGACUAGGUGAGGCGCUGUCAGAUCACUUGUUAGAUGAAAUGCAGGAUAGCUACAAUGUAUCCUCUGGGGCUGCUUUACGCCAACGCAGUCCCGGUUUCUCUUUCACGUCAAAAUGUCCAACUAUGAGUCCCACUUCUGGUUCUUACUGUGGAGCUAUAUACAGCCAGCCAGCUAUGGGUAUGAUGAGGAGGCUGCCCAUGCAGACAAUCCAGGAGAACAAGCAAGCUGCCUUCUCAUCAAGCAGCACCUACCGGAAUUCCUCCCUUCAGGACAUCCUUUCAGCUAUGUCCUAUGGGCAUAAAGAUACUAUAGGACAGGGUGAUCCUGGACUGACAACAGUUGUGGGACUGCAGCGUAGCCACAGACAGAACACAAACAUGAUAGGUAGCUGUGACUCACCUACAGUGCCCUAUGCUGCUAGCCUGAUGAAAAGCCACAGCUUGUAUCACCCACCCACUCUCAACCACCACUGCUCUGUUAACAACAGUGCCUUAGUAAGUGCAAGUGGACUGGUGAACUCCUCUGAGUCCUGUGGCUUGGCAUCUGCCCCCCACCAUGCAUAUUAUGGCAGCCAAGGGGCACAUGGGGGUCUGCUGGAAGGACCUUACCAAGGAUCUUACCAUCACCAUCACCAUCCUCAAAUGUACAACCAGGACAGAUUCCCUACAGAUCUAGACUUAGACAUGUUCAAUGGGACCUUGGAGUGUGAUGUGGAGUCCAUAAUUCUUAAUGACUUUAUGGACAAUGAUGAGAUGGAUUUCAACUUUGAUUCAGCACUACCACCUCAAGGUGGCUUCAACAUGGCUGCUGCAACACAGUCAGCCAAUCAGAGCUGGGUACAAGGAUAAACAAAUACGUUUCCCACUGAACACUGGGUUAAAGUUAUCUUCUUACAGACAGUCAUUUAGCUGAUGGAUUACUGUAUAAAUGUAGGGUUAGUAAAAUUACUUUAUUAUGGAAACAAGAUGGUGUUUCAUAUUUUGAACUUUGUCAGUAAUACAAUUUUGGUCAUCCUUCUCAAUUGUCAUAUGAGUUGAGUAACGACUAACUUAGAAUGGUGAAACAAAGUCUCCCAAGUGAAACACCUUCUUGUCCAUAUUAAAAACAGGAUUCCAACAUAAAGCUCUCGUGUAAUAGAAAGAGCACAAAAAGUUAGUUAUUGAGACCACUCACAUGGAGGUAAAAGGUAUUGGGAUGAAGGGUUUUGCAUAUUUUUUUUAGUAAAACAAUUAUUCAUAGAUAUUAGGGUACAGGUAUGAUCCUGAUAUGAUUAUAUGGAACAUUGUCUGGGUUUCUUUGUCAUGCACAUUUGUCCAUAUAUUCAAACAUUCUCUAUCCUGAUAAUCACACAAAAUGGUCAGUUAAACAUUACCAAGGUCUCAAUAACAAUCUUUAAUGUCUGAGAGCACCCUGUGGGCCCUACAAAGUGUUUACCCCAGUUUUCAAGUACCUCUUACAGGCAAGGUUAGAAAAACGUUGCUUACGUGCAGAAUGAGAUGCCUAUCACUUAAUCAUUUAUUUUAAAAAAUGAUCAACAAUCAGGCAAGGUAUUCUUUGAAAGUGCCCUUCUAACAGUACUUGGAAACAAAAUUGAUAAACACUGCUGUAACUAAUGCAUCCUAAAGAAAACUAUUAUUUAAGUAAAGAAAUACUAUAUGGAAAAUGCCAUAUUUCUUCCUUAGGUCCAUCCAUUGAUUGUUGCCUUUUUAUUGCCAGAAAAACCCAGACCCUUGAAACGAGCCUCCCACUACCUUUACCCACAGAAACUGCACUUACUAACACAAGUAUAAAUUAGGUCUGGAUAGUCACACUAUGAAAUUCUGCUGCAUUUUAAUUUUAUUUAUUUUAAUAUUUAUUGAUACACAUUAAUUUGCUCAGUGCUUGCAAACUGAAUAUUCUAAAAUGUCAGAUUACUAUCUAUAGUUAAUGUCUAUACCUUUAAUUCUAUAUUCAACCCAUCACACAUUAUCAAAGCCAGACAUCUGGCUAAGCAAGUUAAAAAUAAAAUUGUUCAUAGCACUAAAUAUCCUUACAUUUAUUCAUCAUUUAUUGACCAAAA